AUGGCCGGUAAUCCGGGAACGGUGAAAUCGGGCCAAAAAUUUCAUUCUCGCGGGUUUGAGACGUCCACGGAUGUCGCCCGCCGGCAGACUUACCAGGUUGUUCCAGUGGCCGGACACAAACGACCAUCAAGCGAGCAGCCUGUUGAAUCCCUCAGGUCUCUCAACCUGCGGGGGCUAAAGGAGACCGAAGAAAUCUUGGAAUCGCCUUUGGAAUUUGCUCGAGCCUCGUUGGCCCCUCCCGCUAAUCGUUUUACGGCCAGUCAGAUUCGUCCUGGUCCGGGAGCAUUAGCCCCCCAUGUUGGACAACGAAGGAGCUUGUCAGUCGCCCUCGGGUCCAGCCAGAAUCCUCUGUUCUCGCUCACCAAUCCAAAGUAUGGUCUGCCCGCCUCACUGACCGCCAACUUUGGUGCCUUGGGUGUUCACACGAUCUAUGCUUGGCAGGCAUCUUGCUUGUUGGCUCGCGGUCUACUAUCGGGCGAGCGGCACUUGGUCUACACAGCCCCCACCGGCGGGGGUAAAUCAUUAGUGGCCGACGUCUUACUGCUCAAGCGGAUCAUCGAGAAUCCUACCCGUAAGGCUAUACUUGUCUUGCCCUAUGUUGCUCUUGUCCAAGAGAAAUUGAAAUGGAUGCGUCGCGUUGUGCAAGACGUCGAGAAGAACGUUCCCGAGGAAGAAGAUGGUGAUUAUGACCGCGAAUCACAAUUUUCACGUAAGCCAUGGAGACGACUACAGAAAAAUAUCCGAGUUACUGGAUUCUUCGGUGGAAGCCGAUCAACGGCCACCUGGGCUGACACCGACGUCGCCAUUUGUACAAUAGAGAAGGCAAACUCUUUGAUAAAUAGUGCAAUUGAGGACUGCAGCAUUGGAGAUCUGGGUGUCGUAGUGCUCGAUGAAUUACAUAUGCUUGAUGAUGAGCACCGAGGAUACCUCCUGGAGCUGAUGGUCACCAAACUGCUCUUGCUGCAGCAGGACAUUCAGAUUGUGGGUAUGAGUGCUACGCUUUCCAACACGGAAAUGCUGGCUCAGUGGAUGAAUGCCAAGUUCUAUAUCUCAACUUAUCGGCCGGUUCCCAUUGAUGAAUACUUAGUCUACGAGAACGCGAUCUACCCAGCGGCGACAUCGAGACAGUUAUUCCAAAUGGCUUCCAAACUGACCGCCGCAUCUUCCUCCUUACAUGACACGAUACCUCCUGAUCGAAUCAUCGAGCCUUCAUCUUUCCAGGAGCUCAGUAAUUCUGCGACCAAUUCCAUGGUAGCAUUGGCUGUUGAAACGGCAGCAGCAGGCUUUGGCGCUUUAGUAUUCUGCGGUAGUCGAGGAGCAUGUCAAAUACAUGCUGCGACUAUCAGCGAAGCUAUGCCUCUGCCGUUGGUAGGGUCGGAUGAAAUGAACAAGCGUGUUGAUCUCAUUGCUGAGCUGCGGAGUCUCGCGUGCGGUUUAGACCCAGUCUUACAGAAGACUGUCAUCAAAGGCGCAGGUUUCCACCAUGCCGGGAUGACAACAGAAGAGCGCGAGUUGAUUGCACAAGCUUAUGAUCAGGGUGUGCUAAGAGUGCUUGUGGCCACUUGUAGCCUCGCUGCUGGGGUGAAUCUCCCCGCUAGGCGAGUAAUUGUUAAUGGUGCUCGAAUGGGUCGAGAUCUAGUCGGCCCGGCAAUGCUACGUCAAAUGUGUGGACGGGCAGGACGCAAAGGCAAAGACGAGGCUGGUGAGACCUACCUCAUUUGCGUCAAAGCUGACAUGGAAGCCGUGUGCAACUUGUUGGAUGCUGACAUGCCAGCAAUUGAGAGCUGCUUGGCUCCCGAGAAGAGAGGUCUGAAAAGGGCACUACUGGAAGCCGUAGCGACAGGUUUGGUAUCUGGAAACGAGGCGAUCAAAGAGUAUGUCCGGUGUACACUUCUGUAUCGGACGCUCGAUAAAAAGAUUGCCUACCGCAUCAUGCAAUCGGCCUUGCAGGAGCUUAUUAACGAACAGCUCUUGCUUUUUAGAGAUGAUGAGUCCUACGAAGCAACGCUCAUCGGACAAGCUGUUGUGGCUUCGGCGUUUUCUCCCGAAGAUGGUCUAUUCGUUCAUGAAGAGCUCAAGCGAGCAUUACAAGCAUUCGUCAUGGACGGUGAUAUGCACAUUUUCUACAUGUUUACCCCUCUGCAGGUAGCCAUGAGCACGCCAAUUGAUUGGCAGAUCUUUCGCAAUCAAUUGGACCAUAUGGACGACAGCGGUCUCCGAGCGCUACAAUUUGUCGGCGUCCAGCCAGGAUUUGUCAACACGAUGGUCCAAUCUGGAGCUUCCUUGAAAGAAACAACCCCGGAACAAAUUAAACAAGCCCGCAUCUACCGACGAGCAUACACAGCUUUUCAGCUGCGCGAUCUAAGCAAUGAGGUCCCCCUUUCGACCAUUGCCCAGCGUUACAAGAUCCCUCGAGGCACAGUCCAGACACUAGCACAGCAAUGCCACGGAUUCGCAGCUGGAAUUGUCAAGUUCUGUCAACGCAUGAAAUGGGGCAUGCUAGCAGCCGUGUUGGACCACAUGCGCGAUCGACUUGAGUCGGGGGCCCGAGCAGAUCUUCUUGAAAUGGCGCAAGUUACUUUUGUCAAGAGCUGGACGGCUCGAUUGCUUCGUGAUAAUGGGUUUAAAAAUCUACGCGCUCUGGCUGAGGCCGAUCCCAAGGAACUGGUGCCUGUGCUCAUGAUGGUCAAUCCUCGCAAGGCCCAAAAAAGUCAGCUUUAUCCUGGGGAAGCAGAGAAAUAUGCUGCGAAGUUGUUGACAAAGGCGGAGACUAUCAUUGCCUCUGCGAAUAAGAUAUGGGAUCGCGAGCUUCAGGUUGAAUUGGAUGAAUGA